GUUGUUUUUGCUGAAGACAUAGAUGUUAGCAGAAAGACCAGAGUGUAUUUGGAAGAAAAGUUAUACAUAUUUAGGGAUUCAGAGAUAGUGGUGAUACAGUGAAGAUGAGGUACAAACCGGGAUUGAAACAGUCUGAAUCAAGUCAGUUCAAAUUUAGGAAUAUCAGUGUAUAUGCGGAGCCAAAGAAUGAGACUUUGGUAUUUCCUGAUUGCCAUAGAGAUGAAACAGACUUGAUGACACUUAAGUAUAUGGUGUAUAAGGGUUUGUCUAUGGAUGUUAAAGAGAAGUUUAAUUUAUAUUGGUUUAAGGAAGAAUGUCUGCCACUGCCAUUGUUAAACAAUGAUGAUUUUGAUAAUUUUUGGGAGGAUUCUUUUGUAAAUGAGGAUGGAUGUAUAUGUUUAUGGAUGGGGAUGAAAGACACAGUGUUUGGGACUCCAAAGACUACACCAAAGAAGAAGACAGUUAGUAAGGGAACCACCCCUAGAAGAUCCCCAAGGCUAAAUAGUGUGGAUAAAUCAGUUGAAGGCUAG